AGCCUGCAACCUGCCGCUUGUAACGGUUGCGACCAUGGGCGAGGAACCCGCCAGUUCCAAUGCCGCCGCCUCCGGCGGCCCUGUGAGGGAAGGUACCCGGCCCGGCUUCAAGCGGCAGGCCUCGGCACCUCCGAAGUGGACCAUGGCGGAGAAGCCGAAGAUGGUCAUCGGUGGCCCGGUGCCCUCGUGGCAGGCCAGCAUUCCAGGGCCUCAGUACAAUUACUCCACGGACAACUUCAAGCACAAGCAGCCGGUGUACUCCAUGCGUGGGAAGCCGGAGAUGGUGAUCGGCGGCGGCGUGCCUUCUUGGAUCAAGUCCAUUCCGGGCCCGCAGUACAGCUACGACACUGACAGCUUCAAGGAGAGGCAACCGGUCUAUUCCAUCCGGGGCCGCGGUGAGGAGAAGAAGUCCCGGUCUGAGACGGCGCCGGCGCCGGCCACCACGGAGGCGCUGAUGAGGGGCAUCGACGCCUCGCGGAAGAAGCCCCCGGCCUGGAGCGUGAAGUCAAGGCCUGCAAUGGUCUCCGGUGAUGCGGUGCCCUCCUGGGUGGCUUCAAUCCCAGGCCCAAAAUAUCAUCCUCCCUGCGACACCUUCAAGAAGAAGCAGCCCGUCUACUCCAUGGGCGGGAAGUUGCCGUCCGAGUCAGAUUUGAUGAAGGUGCGCAGCCCUGGCCCCAUGCGCUACGGAGGACCCGCCAUGAACUCCAAGGAGCAGGAGAAGUGUGAUAGCACCAGGCAGAAGAGCUUCUCCUGCUCCUUCGGGGUGGGCCCCCGCUGGUCCGGGCCCACCGCGGAGCUGGUGACCACGGGGGCGCUGGCGCGCUUCGACCGGCCCUGCCUCUGAGCGACCGAGCGAGGUGCGCGAGGAGUUUAGCUCGACUGGAUGAGCCGAGUGACCUGUUCGGCGACUCCAGCCAGAGGUUUGGUGUAGCGAUUCCAGCGAUGGGGUGAAACAGGG